AUGAGGGACUCCCCCGCAGGAUAUUCCGCCUAUUCCAGGCUCACGAGGGACGACGAAUCUGAGCCCAAGAGUGUAGAUGGAACUGAACCGGUAUCCAACGGCCGGUUCUUCGACGUGACAGAGCAGUGGCUGUCGGACUUCGAGCCUGGCGAGUGCGUCCCGACCGGCCAAGACCCCGGCGCCAAAGUGUCUAGGGGCCAGUUCUCUGAGAAUUCGCUUCUCCUCCGUCGGAUAAUCAAAGGCCAGCGGGCGCCGCAGCUCCAACUCGAGAUCCAGUCUCGCUCUCUCCAGCGGGCCUUCUACGAAGCCACGCAAGGAAAAGCUACCAACCUCUCGUACGGAGACCCUACCAUUAUCCAUGCUCCGUAUUAUGAACUAUACCACUUCCGACCCGAGCUGAAGGCGGCGCUCGCGGCGGCUGAGACGGAACACCUGAAGCGAGAGCUUCAUCUCUUCCGGGAAUUCGAGGAGGCUCAUCUGUUGCGAACGCUAAAGCUCACCCAGGUGGAAGAGCACAAACGGCAAGGUACCAUACAGAUCGAACACCUGUGGUCCCUGUUCAAGCCCCACGAGAUUAUUGUGCUACAGACACACGCGAUGCCCCGCGUGACUCGGGCGUGCGCAGUGCUGCAGAAAUACUGGGUCGACCUGGAUCGUGGCAAAUGGUUUAUUGAAGUACAAUGCAUGUCCUUUGACGGACACAGGUUCGGGCCCAUCAGAAAGCGGUUCUCGUUUCCCAUUUUCGCCGGGGUCGUGCCGAUCGACUCCCUCGAAGCGUAUCCCCUCUCAUCCUCCCAGAAUGAGGCGGCGAUCCAGGGCCGCGUACUCGUGGAUCCCAUGGGGUUCGUCGACGAGCACCCAGUUUUCCGCCAGCGCCUACUUUCUGGCCAAACACUCCUCGAUUCCAGGACAUCCGAAGAUGGCAAUGAUGGGGUGACACCUGACUUGACCAAACCGUUCACCCUUGAUCCGGACCAUGUGGCCGAGGACGAUUUGAUUUGCUUCCCGAUGAUGAUUGCCGGAUAUUCCCUGGCCACGAAGCAUGUCGGCUUCUUUGCCGUCGAUGACUUCCGGGACGUAGUGUGGGAGGAAGAAGAAGCAGAAAAGCUGUUUCACAGCUCCCAGAGGAUGAAGGCAGUACACCAGGUGAUUUCCGGUUACACGUCCAAUUCGCGGUCCUUCGGAUACUCCAUCGAUGGAAAGGGGAAGGGUCUGUGCGUGGCGGAAAUUCUUCACCGGCCACUCUAUCGUAUUAGCGGCUCGGACCUGGGCUCGGAUCCUGAUGAUAUCGAAGGCAAGCUUAUCCUAGCUUUUGACAGGAUUCAGCGGUGGAGGGCGAUUCUACUUCUUGACGAGGCGGACGCCUUCAUGGCGAAGCGCGGCGGCGACAGUUUAGAUAGGAACACCUUGGUUGCCAUCCUUCUGCGGCUUCUGGAGUACCAGUCCGGCAUCGUCAUAUUAACAACAAACCGCCAAUCUCACUUCGACCCUGCGUUCAGCUCCCGCAUCCACCUCAGCAUCAACUUCCCGGAUCUUACACGCCAGGAGCGCGAGGUAAUCUGGCGCAACCACGGCAAGAGAGCUGCAUCCACGACCUUAUCGGACGACGACUAUACUUCACUGAGCCAGCUGGAAAUGGAUGGACGACGCAUCAAGAACGUCUUCCACGUGGCUGGGCUCUACGCACGGGCCCGGAGCGACGUGUCUCGUGGCGUCUCUCUGGCGGACUUGAAGGAGGUGAUGCAAAUCUCGCUAGGGGACGUAGACCCGGCGUUAAGAGCGCAGCUGGAGGACUUUUGCGGCGGGAGGCCUUUCUCGGGGUAG